UAUAAACCCAGCAGAAUCUGGCUGAUCUGACCAGUUUGCCUUACUGUCAAACGUUUCUGUCUUUCACAUGCUCACAAGCAAAAUUAGACAACGCAACUUCUCUGAGUUUUGACAGGACGGCAACAAAGUCAGAAGCCGAUAGCUGACUUUAACGUAUUUAUUUCAUGGAGACUGCUCACAGCGGGAUCUAAUCUGUCAGAGUCUGUAAGGAAACAGGUGUGCCAGGAAAAGAAAGGAUAUCCAACUCGGUUUGAACUGGCUCUCCAAUUUCUGCUCCAGAUUACAGAGGCCAAACAUACAUAAGACUCCAUUAGCUUUGAAAAGGAACUGAACACCGCAAUGGGACUCGCCACCCAGGUUUUGGCCUGUGCAAUCUUAGCUUUGCUGUACCAGCAUGUCAGUGGUGGACUCAUCAAGCGAAUCAUCCGGAAGAAGCGGGCGAGUGGGCUGAAUGUGACCUUGCCAGAGGAUAAUCAGCCUGUGGUUUUUAACCAUGUCUACAACAUCAAAUUGCCUGUUGGCUCCCUUUGCUCUGUGGAUCUGGAUACAGCAAGUGGUGAUGCAGACCUGAAGGCAGAAAUUGAGCCCGUCAAGAAUUACGAGGAGCAUACGGUGAAUGAGGAGAACCAGAUUGUCUUCACACACCGUAUUAACAUUCCCCGCCGGGCCUGUGGCUGUGCAGCUGCCCCAGACAUUAAGGAUCUGCUGAGCAGACUAGAGGAACUGGAGGGGCUGGUAUCCUCCCUGCGGGAGCAGUGUGCCAACGGGGCUGGAUGCUGUCCUAAUUCCCAGGCAGUAGAAGGUCACCUGGACACAACACCCUAUUGCAGCGGACAUGGCAACUACAGCAUCGAGAUCUGUGGCUGCGUUUGUGAGCCUGGCUGGAAAGGCCCCAACUGCUCUGAACCAGACUGCCCACACAAGUGCUUCAACCGCGGCCUCUGCGUCCAGGGCAAAUGCAUCUGUGACGAAGGCUUCGCUGGCACAGACUGCAGCCAGGCCACCUGCCCCUCUGACUGUAACGACCAAGGCAAGUGCAUGGAUGGUGUUUGCGUGUGCUUUGAGGGGUACACAGGCCCAGACUGCAGCGAAGAGCUCUGCUCCCAGGGGUGCAGCGUGCACGGGAGGUGUGUGAGCGGGCAGUGUGUGUGCCACGAGGGCUUCACUGGCAACGACUGCAGUGAGCCUCUCUGCCCCAACAACUGCCACAACCGCGGGCGCUGUGUGGACAACGAGUGCGUCUGCGACGAGGGCUACACCGGCGAGGACUGCAGCGAGCUCAUCUGCCCCAAUGACUGCUUCGACCGUGGGCGCUGCAUCAACGGAACCUGCUUCUGCGAGGAGGGCUUCACCGGUGAGGACUGUGGGGACCUGACCUGCCCUAACAACUGCAAUGGCAACGGGCGCUGCGAGAACGGGCUGUGCGUCUGCUACGAGGGCUUCGUGGGGGAUGACUGCAGUGAGAAGAGGUGCCCGAACGACUGCCACAACCGUGGGCGCUGCGUGGGUGGGCGCUGCAUCUGCCACGAGGGGUACCUGGGUGAGGACUGCAGGGAGCUGCGGUGCCCUAACGACUGUCACAACCGCGGGCGCUGUGUCAAUGGACAGUGUGUGUGCCACGAAGGGUUCAUCGGGGAGGACUGUGGGGAGCUGCGGUGCCCCAGCGACUGCAACAACCGCGGGCGCUGUGUCAAUGGGCAGUGUGUGUGCCACGAGGGAUUCAUCGGGGAUGACUGUGGCAAGCUACGGUGCCCCAACGAUUGCCACAACCGUGGACUCUGUGUCAAUGGGCAGUGUGUGUGUGAUGAGGGGUACACAGGGGAGGACUGUGGGGAGCUGCGGUGCCCUGAAGACUGCCACAAUCGUGGGCGCUGUGUGGAGGGGCGCUGCGAGUGUGACAAUGGCUUCACGGGGGAGGACUGUGGUGAGCUGUCCUGUCCCAACGACUGUCACCGGCGUGGGCGCUGCAUCGAUGGGCGCUGCGUGUGCCACGAGGGCUUCACGGGGGAGGACUGCCGUGAACGGUCCUGCCCCAACGACUGCAACAAUGCGGGCCGCUGCAUCGAUGGACGGUGUGUCUGUGAUGAUGGUUACAUGGGAAAUGACUGCUCUGAUGUGUCUCCUCCAACCGAGCUGACUGUGACAGAUGUAACAGAUAAAACUGUAAAUCUGGAAUGGAAGCAUGAGAAUCCUGUCAAUGAGUACCUCAUCACCUAUGUCCCCACCAGCAGUGGUGGCUUAGAUAUGCAGUUCACUGUGCCAGGAAACCAGACAGCUGCCACUAUUCAUGAACUGGAACCGGGUGUAGAAUACUUCAUCCGUGUCUUUGCAAUCCUUAAAAACAAGAAGAGUAUUCCAGUCAGUGCCAGGGUAGCAACAUACCUGCCUGCUCCAGAAGGUCUGAAAUUCAAGUCUGUUAGAGAAACGUCCGUCCAGGUGGAAUGGGAUCCUCUGAACUUUUCAUUUGAUGGCUGGGAGCUGGUCUUCCGUAAUAUGAAAAAGGAUGAUAAUGGAGAUAUAACCAGCAGCUUGAAAAGGCCAGAGACAUCUUAUAUGCAGCCAGGUUUGGCACCAGGGCAACAGUAUAAUGUAUCCCUUCAUAUAGUGAAAAACAAUACCAGAGGACCAGGACUAUCCAAAGUGAUAACCACAAAGCUUGAUGCCCCUAGCCAGAUCGAGGCAAAAGAUGUCACGGACACCACAGCUCUUAUCACAUGGUCCAAACCCUUGGCUGAAAUUGAAGGCAUAGAGCUCACUUAUGGCCCCAAGGAUGUUCCAGGGGACAGGACAACCAUUGACCUCUCUGAAGAUGAAAACCAAUAUUCUAUCGGAAACUUGAGGCCACACACAGAGUAUGAAGUGAUGCUCAUCUCUCGUCGAGGUGACAUGGAAAGCGACCCCAUGAAAGAAGUCUUUGUCACAGACUUGGAUGCUCCAAGAAACCUGAAGCGGGUGUCACAGACAGACAAUAGCAUUACUUUGGAGUGGAAGAACAGCCAUGCAAAUAUUGAUAACUAUCGAAUUAAGUUUGCUCCCAUCUCUGGUGGAGACCAUGCUGAGAUCACAGUGCCAAAGGGCAACCAAGCAACAACCAGAGCAACGCUCACAGGUUUGAGGCCUGGAACGGAAUAUGGCAUUGGAGUGACAGCAGUGAGGCAGGACAGGGAAAGCGCUCCUGCUACCAUUAAUGCUGGCACUGAUCUUGAUAACCCCAAGGACUUGGAAGUCAGUGACCCCACUGAAACCACCUUAUCCCUUCGCUGGAGAAGACCAGUGGCCAAGUUUGACCGUUAUCGCCUCAUUUACGUCAGCCCCUCUGGAAGGAAGAAUGAAAUGGAGAUCCCCAUGGACAGCACCUCUUUUAUCCUCCGAGGACUGGAUGCGGGGACACAAUACACCAUUAGUCUGGUGGCGGAGAAAGGCAGACACAAAAGCAAACCCACAACUGUCAAGGGUUCGACUGAGGAGGAACCUGAGCUUGGAAAAUUAUCGGUAUCGGAGACUGGCUGGGAUGGUUUCCAGCUCACCUGGACAGCAGCCGACGGGGCCUAUGAGAACUUUAUCAUUCAGGUGCAGGAGUCUGACAAUCCCGACGAAACCCGGAAUGUCACAGUCCCAGGCGGACUGCGCUUUAUGAAUGUUACAGGGCUCAAGGCCCACACACCUUAUAUCAUCACACUUCGUGGUGUGAUUCAAGGCUACAGGACCAAACCCCUUUCUGUUGAAACCGUGACAGGAGCACUCCCAGAAGUUGGUGAGCUAACCGUUUCCGACAUUACUCCUGAAAGCUUCAACCUUUCUUGGACAACCACCAGUGGGGACUUCGACGUCUUUACUAUUGAAAUUAUUGAUUCUAACAGGUUUCUGGAGCCCAUGGAGUUCAACAUCUCAGGCAAUUCAAGAACUGCUCAUAUCUCAGGGCUUUCCCCCAGCACUGAUUUUAUUGUCUACCUCUAUGGGAUCUCUCGUGGUUUCCGCACACAGGCAAUAAGUGCUGCAGCUACAACAGUAGAGGAACCUCUCCUUAGCAAACUCACUGUAUCAAAUGCUACCUCAGACAGCAUGUCACUCACGUGGGAAGCACAGGACAAUGCCUUUGACCACUUUAUUCUAGAAGUCAGAAACUCUGACUUCCCUUUGGACUCCCUGGUGCACACAGUGCCAGGGGCCUCCCGGCACUAUGUAGUCACCAACCUCAAAGCUGCCACUAAUUACACAGUUCAGCUCCAUGGUGUAAUUGAUGGGCAAGGUGGUCAGACCUUGACAGCACUGGCAACCACAGAGGCUGAGCCACAGCUGGGCACGCUCACACUCACAAACGUUACCCCCGACAGCUUCAACCUCUCAUGGACCACAAGAGAUGGGCCUUUUGCCAAGUUUGUUAUAUACAUUAGAGAUUCCUAUGCAGCACAUGAACCCCAGGAGCUUACGGUGUCAGGAGGUGCUCGCAGCGCUCACAUCUCAGGCCUGCUAGAUUACACUGGCUAUGACAUUAACAUUAAGGGGACCACCAGUGCAGGUGUUCACACAGAGCCCCUCACUGCUUUUGUCAUGACAGAGGCAAUGCCCCCACUGGAAAACCUAACUGUCUCUGAUAUUAACCCUUAUGGGUUCACAGUGUCGUGGAUGGCAUCGGAGAAUGCCUUUGACAACUUUCUAGUAGUCGUGGUGGAUUCUGGCAAGCUGCUGGACCCACAGGAGUUCCUCCUUACGGGAGCCCAGCGGCAACUGAAGCUUAAAGGCCUUAUUACUGGCAUUGGCUAUGAGGUUAUGCUUUAUGGUUUUGCCAAGGGGCACCAAACAAAGCCCCUGAGCACUGUGGCUGUUACAGAGGCAGAACCCGAGGUCGACAACCUUCUGGUUUCAGAUGCUACUCCAGAUGGCUUCCGUCUGUCCUGGACUGCAGAUGAUGGGGUUUUCGACAGUUUUGUUCUAAAAAUCAGGGAUACCAAAAGGAAAUCUGAUCCGCUGGAACUAAUAGUGCCAGGCCAUGAGCGCACCCACGAUAUAACAGGGCUGAAAGAGGGUACUGAAUAUGAAAUCGAGCUCUACGGAGUUAGCAGUGGACGACGUUCUCAGCCCAUAAAUGCAGUAGCAACCACAGCUGUUGGAUCUCCCAAGGGAAUUACUUUCUCUGACAUCACGGAGAACUCCGCAACAGUCAGCUGGACACCUCCUCGCAGCCGCGUGGAGAGCUACCGGAUCUCCUACGCCCCUAUCACAGGAGGUACUCCAAAUGUUGUUACAGUCGAUGGAAGCAAGACAAGGACCAAGUUGGUGAAGUUAAUCCCAGGUGUAGACUACAAUGUUAGUAUCAUCUCUGUGAAAGGCUUUGAAGAAAGUGAACCUGUCUCUGGCACUCUGAAAACAGCUCUGGACAGCCCAUCAGGCCUAGUAGUGGUGAACAUCACAGACUCUGAGGCUCUGGCAACCUGGCAGCCAGCAAUUGCUGCUGUGGAUAAUUACGUUGUCUCCUAUGCUUCUGAGGAUGAGCCAGAAAUUACUCAAAUGGUAUCAGGAAACACUGUGGAGUAUGACCUGAAGGGCCUUCGACCUGCAACUGAGUAUACCCUGAGUGUCCACGCGCUGAAGGACACGCAGAAGAGCGAGACCCUCUCCACCCAGUUUACUACAGGAAUGGAUGCUCCAAGAGAUUUAAGUGCCACUGAGGUUCAGUCAGAAACAGCUGUGAUAACUUGGAGGCCUCCACGAGCUCCUGUCACUGGUUAUCUCCUGAUCUACGAGUCCAUUGAUGGCAGAGUCAAGGAAGUCAUCCUAAACCCUGAGACAACUUCCUACAGCCUGACGGAGCUGAGCCCAUCUACCCAGUACACAGUGAAGCUCCAGGCACUGAACAGAUCCCUGAAGAGCAAAAUGAUCCAGACUAUUUUCACCACAACUGGUCUUCUCUAUCCUUACCCUAAAGACUGCUCCCAGGCUCUCCUGAAUGGAGAAACUGCCUCUGGGCUCUACACAGUUUACGUGAAUGGGGACAAGGCUCAGCCUCUGCAAGUCUUUUGCGACAUGGACGAGGACGGGGGCGGAUGGAUUGUGUUCCUGAGGCGUCAGAAUGGAAAGGAAGAUUUCUACAAGAACUGGAAGACUUACGUGACUGGUUUUGGAGAUCCUAAGGAUGAAUUCUGGAUAGGUCUGGAGAACCUCCACAAAAUCAGUUCUCAGGGCCAGUACGAGCUACGUGUGGAUCUGCGGGACAAAGGUGAGACAGCUUAUGCUGUCUAUGACAGGUUCAGCAUUGGAGAUGCAAAGAGCAGAUACCGGCUAAGAGUGGAUGGGUACAGCGGCACAGCAGGUGACUCCAUGACAUACCAUAACGGAAGGUCCUUCUCCACCUUUGACAAGGACAAUGAUUCUGCCAUCACUAACUGUGCUUUGUCAUACAAGGGUGCAUUCUGGUACAAGAACUGUCACCGGGUCAAUCUGAUGGGCAGAUACGGUGACAACAGCCAUAGUCAGGGUGUUAACUGGUUCCACUGGAAGGGCCAUGAAUAUUCCAUCCAGUUUGCAGAGAUGAAGCUGAGACCCUCCAGCUUCCGAAAUCUGGAAGGACGACGAAAGCGAGCGUAAAGCCCCAGAGGUGGCGAAGGGGCUGCGGGCAGGGUGAUGGGGGGGAGGGAUACAGAUGGGGGUGUGGGGAGAUCCUCUGGCAUCACUGGGUGGUGGGGUGUGAGGAGCUGGCAGUCGUACCAAAGCAUCGGUGACCCCUGGCCUAACAGAGGCUUCUGCAGCAGCACAAACAACAAGCCUUAAGUGUCUCAGCAUUUGCAGCAGAGCAGCUCCAGCUGCCCACCAGUAACGUCCUCCACACCAAAGACAAUGAUUGUCUCAAGGGUUGUAUGUUGGUUUAUUAAAUUUUAUUUUCUCAGAAAGCCUCUGGGAUAAAUUUAUUCCACAGUCUGACUUAUCUCUUGGGUGGCCCAGGGUGGGGUGGGGGGAACAGCUUUGUACAUUGGUAGUUUGUUUUAGAACCAGCCAUAUUUUAAACACAGAAAGGUGUACGGUUAAUUAUCAUUAUUAUUAUUAUUAUUAUUAGUUAUAAUUGAAAUUCUCUGGUUGUUGCAAAGCCUUUUUUUUUAUAUAUAUAUAUCAAGUACCACAGAGAAGGAGGGGAUGGGAAGGGGAAAGCAGUAUGUUUUUAAACUUAAACAUAAGAUUAAUAUUAUUAAUAUAAUGACAAAUAAUAAUAAUGAUAAUAAUAAUAAACUAAGUUUCUGUCAUUUUUAAGAGAACCAUGCUUUCGGAAACACAGCAGGACAGUGUCUGAUUGUAAAUUUUUUUAUAAAUAAAAGCACAAUUACUUUAAAAUAAAUUUCUACCUUCUUUCAUACAUGUUGAGUUUGUGCAUGUCCAGGGUAUAUUUGCAUAGAUGAGGAAGUAAAUAAAAGGUUGAGAACGAUCAGGCUGCUGAGCCCGUAUGAAAACUGUUCCUUUUGUCAGUGAUUGGUUGUAAGUAUUCUGUUGGGUUUGUUAUGGUGAAAUGCCCAUAAAGAUUCGGUUUCUUUUAGAACAUAUUUCUUUAUUUUCCUGCCCAAAAGCUUCUUACGUGUUUUUCUAAGUGUUACUGACCAAUGCUUGCUCCAUCUAGGUGGGAAUAACUAAUAGAAGACGACAAAGAAAGUACAGAGUUGUUGUUAGGUACCAUGGCAAGUCUGAACACUUGUGUAAAUAAAGGGCUCUCUUUUUUUAUAUGAAUGAAAACUAUGUGUAGUUCCUCUGUAUCAUACUCUUCAGCUGAAGACAAUAAAAGAUCUUUUGUUUUAA